CAAAGCUCAACCAUGAAGGCUGCUUUAGAUCUCAGCCCUCGGUGGUGGCUUCUAUUCCUCCUAAACUUCCUUGUCUGGGCAGGAUUCGAUUCGGGUCAAGCGGUUCCUAUUGUCGGUGGCAGGAUUGUAUCAACCGUGGGUAGCAUAAGCAAAUACCCGUUUAUGGUCUCUCUGCAGGAUAUCCUUUGGAGAAAUGCGACUGAAGGACUGUCUUACCGGCACUUUUGUGGUGGCAGCUUGAUUAGCGAUCGCUGGAUACUGUCCGCCGCUCAUUGCAUCUGGAAGAAAAAUAUUCACAAUAUCGCUGCGUUUAUUGGCUAUGAGAACAUUGAAAACAUUUCUCAGCUCGAACCAUAUGGUCUGGAAAGCGCGGAGUAUAUUUACUUCCAGCCUUCAAACUUCCGGAAUGAUAUAGUCUUGCUUUACAUGAGACAACGGUAUAGGAGUGCCUUAAGCCCUGAUCUUCAAUUUGCUCAGCUGCCACCCCAAGGCAUGAAACCAGAUCGAAAUGAAUCCUGUCGAAUCAUUGGCUAUGGAGCCACCCAACACGCUGGUCCUUCGCAGAAGAAUCUUUUUGAAGCUGAAGUUCAGGUUAUUACCAAUCAAAAAUGUAGACAGAUCAUUGGCCAUGUUUGGGCCCCGCAGAAUGGAGCGAAUACAGUGUGUGCUUUAGGCAACAACCAGGAUUCUUGCCAAGGCGAUUCAGGAGGACCCUUGAUUUGUCCUUAUGGCGGCCAAGACUAUAUCUACGGCCUUGUUUCUCAUGGACUUACUUGUGGUAUUCAGGGUAUGCCCAGCAUUUACACGGUUACCCGGCCAUACUACGAUUGGGUACAACUGCUUUUGCAAUCCUAGAUCUCUGGGGAUCACGUAUACGUAGUUGAAUUUAUUAUACGUUAUCAAACAAAAAACAGUUACGAAUAUAUAUAUACUUAAACAAUGCA